AUGUCAGUUCAAAAACCAAAGACCAUGACUGCAAUUAAACAGGAGGCUGACGAAAUCGGGAAUGAUUGUUUUUUUGUAUCUGAGAUAAAAAUUGAAGAAAACCAAGAUUUAACAGUUAUCAAGUACGAAGAUUUGCAUCCUCAUUGUACUAAUUCUGAAGAUUUAAAAAAGCACAAGAGGACAGAUACUGGCGAGAAACCUUUUCAAUGUGAUAUAUGUAAGAAUUCAUUUUCACUUUCUGGACUCCUAAAACGACACAAAAGGACACAUACUGGCGAGAAACCGUUUCAAUGUGAGAUAUGUAAGAAGACAUUUUCACAUUCUGGAAAUUUAAAAAAGCACAAAAGGACACAUACUGGCGAGAAACCUUUUCAAUGUGAUAUAUGUAAGAAUUCAUUUUCACUUUCUGAACUCCUAAAACGACACAAAAGGACACAUACUGGCGAGAAACCUUUUCAAUGUGACAUAUGCAAGAAGUCAUUUUCACGUGAUGGAACUCUUAUAAUUCACAAAAGGACACAUAAUGGUGAAAGGCCUUUUCAAUGUGAGAUGUGUAAGAAGUCAUUUUCACAAUCUGGGGAUUUAAAAAAGCAUAAAAGGACACACACAGGCGAGAGGCUUUUUCAGUGUGAGAUAUGCAAGAUGACAUUUUCACGGUCUGGAAAUCUUAAAACACACAAAAUGACACAUACUGGUGAGAGGCCUUUUCAAUGUGAGAUAUGUAAAAAGACAUUUUCACGAUCUGGAGAUUUAAAAAAGCACAAAAUGACACACACAGGCGAGAGGCCUUUUCAGUGUGAGAUAUGCAAGAAGACAUUUUCACGGUCUGGAAAUCUUAAAACACACAAAAUGACACAUACUGGACAUCUUAAAAACCACAUGAUGACACUCACAGUUAAAUCACUAAGUGAAUUGACACAAGGUAAAGUGGCAGAAGUAGAUGAUAUCCCUGCAGAAUUAUUAAAAAACGUCGGAAAAGAUACCUAG